AUGGCAACAGCAGCUACAGGAGACGGCGCAUCAAACGCUCUCUCCAUCUUGAAGAUUGGAAGAAUCCCAGGGCACGACAACAACUACAAAAUCGGAAAGGACUUCAAAGAUCGUAUGACACAGACUGUUGUCGGCAACCUCAUCCACGACCAUAACAGCGCCAACCAAGUCAACCCAUGCGCCUUUCUGUACGAGGGAAAGGACAUCCCCCUGGUGGUGACCUUCAAGUACGCAUUUAAAAAGUCCGACCCACCCAAGAAAGAGACGUAUCGCCUCAAGGGCACCCAGGCUGGAUCUGGAGGGUUCGAGAUUAUCAGCGCGCCCUUUUACGUCGAGAACCCGACCGACGCCGCCAUUUCGGCCGUAGCAACCACCUUUGAGGAUUUCCACAAUACUGAAAAAGCCCCCGGCUCCCCUUUCAGGGCCGAGGGCAUCUUCAAGUGGACCCUGUUGCACAACGACGACAAGCAUACUCCGGUGGAACACGCCGGCACCGCAACUACCUCGCUAGAUUUCUUCUUUAUGUUCGGCCCGCAUAAAGUUCUCUACGAUGAUGACCAUGAAUAUCACCUGGAGCUCAUCAGACUUGUCUACCCCGAGUACGCUUCUGUAGCUGGAAAGAAGUGGAGCGAGGUCGAGGCCGACAUAAUAAAGGCUGCUGUGGUCAAUCUCUGGAAGUUCGGCGCCAACAAGGGAUCCGAUAAGGCUCUGUACUACGACUCCCGAGGAGGUGGCCUCGGUGGCAUACCUCACCACCUGCUCGGGUCCUCGCUGAAGCUGUCGACAUUCUUCCUCCGAGAGAAGGAAAUGGUCAACUGCUUCGACCUGGCAGCUGUACUGAGAUCAAUGCUCGACUCCCUUGGCAGGAAAUCCGAGGGCAAUGUCCUAAGGCCCAUUAUCAAAGACGUGACGAUGCAAAGCGACACACCGUGGGGCUACAUAUACUCGGGGCCGCUUUAUGGAUGGGAGAAUACGAUCGCACACAACUGCAACAGCCCGUUCUGGUAA